CAGCUCCACAUAUGAUUAGCCGCCGCCGUCGUAAGAAUUUGGUUGCUUCGUUGUUUGACCGGAACAACACAACUCUAUCUUAAAAUCCUACAAAAUAAUCUUGAAAUAAAUAGUUAAUAUUUUACAUUUAAAAUAUGGCAAUCGAUCCAAAUUUUAUUGAAGUCAAUGAAAUUACCGACUAUUGGACAUUCUUAAGAAGUAUAGACUGGAUGGAUCCAUGGUUAAUUGGUCUAAUAGUCUUGCAUGUACUGACAACAACAACUACUCUACUGACCAGGAAUAAUACAAAUUUCCAAAUAUUUUUAUUUUUAAUAUUGCUGUCUGCCGUAUACUUUUCCGAAUCCAUAAAUGAAUAUGCAGCCAUGAAUUGGCAUUCAUUUUCCAAACAGCAAUAUUUUGAUAGCAAUGGCCUAUUUAUAUCUACUGUAUUCUCAAUACCAAUACUGUUGAAUUGUAUGCUUUUGAUUGGCGCUUGGUUGUACAAUUCAACACAAAUGAUGGCAAAAUUGAAAAUUGCCCAAUUAAAGGACAAAGCACGAAAAGAACGUCUACAACAACAACAAUCACAAGACGAUCAAGAUCAUAUGAAACAGCAGUAAUAUACCAAGGACACAAACAAUAACUAUUUACUUAAUAAUAUUAUUAUUUUUAAAACAAAAAACAAAACACACAUAUGCAUACUAAAAAGAGCAACGACUAUACAAAUGACUUACUGAAUUACUUAUAAAAUAACUAAGUUCAAUUGUCAAUUUAUCUCGUAAACUAUAUGUAUAUAAGGUUUCCUUCGCAAAUAGCAUAGCAAUUAAAACAUUUUCUGUUUCAAGCCGAUUAUAUAUAGACUUUUUUUAUUUUUGAAAUCCGUAGGUCGUGUAUAUGCUAAAGUGUCAUUGCUAUAGACUAUUUUUUACAACAAUACCAAACAUAAGUGUUCCCCUUAAUUAGAUUUUUUUCGUAAAAGACUUAAAACAUAGUGAUGUUUUUUUUUUAUAUUUUGCGUGUUUUCAUAAAAAGUAAUAUCUAGUUAUAUGUCAUUUUUAAUAUAAAUAACAUUUUUUAUAAUUUUCAAAUUUCAUUUAAAUGAAAUUAUAUAUAGAAAUAUCAAUGUAUGCCAUAGCCAUGUAAAAGCUUUAUAUGUAUAGAUUUGUAGUAUGUAAUACAAAGAAUAUAUAAUAACAACUGUUGAAAAUCAAAUAA